CGUGGAAACCCGGAAUAAGAAACAUGCGGAAGCAUUUCGCCGGUGCACACCUGCCAACAGAAACAGCGGGAUAACAAUUCCAGUGUCGGGACAUCUUAUCUUUUUACCAAAAUACAACCUUUAUUGGAGGUUUUUUUUGUUAUCAUAAUGGCAACAACAUCCGACGCAGGGGAUUUGCAAGAAAGCCGAACUCGUCUCUGCGAAGAGUUUGCCGGAAUUGCGGGGACCGACAGUGCCGUGGCUCAGUGCUACCUGACUGAGAAUGAGUGGGACAUGGAGAGAGCAAUAAACUCAUUCUUUGAGGCUGACCUGGAGAAAGCGUUUGAGGCAGAGUGUUCUUCAGAUAAGGAGACUGGUGAGCCUGCAACCAAGAGACAGAAAGUGGAGGAAAAAGCUCCAACAGAGAGAAUAGACCUAACUGGAGACAGUCCCGGCUCGUCAUGCAAGUCCCCCGAGAAAGAUGCCGGGCUGUCGCUCAUCUCUUGGAACGUGGACGGACUGGACAUGGAGAAUCUGGGGGACCGCGCCAGGGGCUUGUGCUCCUACUUAGCCCUAUACACACCCGACGUGGUCUUCCUGCAAGAGCUCAUCCCCUCGUAUGUCCAGUAUCUAAAGAAACGGGCUGUCAGCUACCUUAUCAUUGAAGGAAACGAAGACGGCUACUUCUGUGGCAUGAUGCUAAAGAAGGCGCGAGUCAAACUGGUGGAGAGUGAGAUUGUGGCCUACCCCACCACUCAGAUGAUGAGGAAUCUUCUGGUGGCUCAGGUGAGCUUCAAAGGCAGCAAGCUGUGCCUGAUGACGUCUCAUCUGGAGAGUUGCAAGGGCCAGGCAAGCGAGCGGAUGAAACAACUCAGGGAGGUGAUGCGCAGGAUGAGGGAGGCGCCCGACGACGUUACUGUCCUCUUUGGCGGGGAUACAAACCUCAGGGACACGGAGGUGGCUAAGGUGGGCCUGCCCGCUGGCGUGUGCGACGUGUGGGAGCGCCUAGGCAAGCAGGCGCACUGUCGCUACACGUGGGACACCAAGGCCAACAGCAACAAAAGCGUCCCGUAUGUCAGCCGGUGCCGCUUCGACCGCAUCUACCUGCGCCCGGCAUCCCGCGAUGGAGUUCCCAGCUUGGCCCCUGACCACAUGGCUCUGGUGGGUAUGGAGAAGCUGGACUGCGGCCGCUUCACCAGCGACCACUGGGGCAUCUACUGUAGCUUCACAUGAUCACCUUUUAAUUUUUACAUAAUGCUUUUGUUUUAAAGAACGUCUUAAGAUAUAAUUAAUAAAUGUAUGCAAUAUUAAACAGUGUUAAUAUACAGUGCAGUAUAAUAGACUGUACUGUGCCUACAACCAAGUGCAUAGUGAUAAAUUGUACACUACGCAGUGCACACUACAAAGUGCAUACUGAUAAAAUUUUACACAAUGUAGUGCACACUGCUAAGCGCUUAUUACCAAGUGAGUGCAUACUGUUAAAUUGUACACUAAAAAACACUUACUACCAAGUGCAUACUAUUAAAUUGUACGCUAUUUAGUGGACCCCUAAGGAACGCUCACUAGUAAAACGCACACAAGGUGCAUACUACCAAGGGCCUACUAUUAAGUGCACACUACAUAGUGCGUAGUAUCAAGUGCAGACUAUGUACAUACUGCGAAAUGUACUCGAUUAAGUUAGUACUAUCCAUCCAUCAUUCUCUACCACUUACUACCUCUUUCGUGGUCGUAGGGGGCUGGAGCCUAUCCCACACCAAGUGCAAAUUACUACUAAAAUGUAAUAGUCUUAUGUUUUAGUAUACAUGCACGAUUUAACUACGAAACGUUAGUGCUUAGUUAUACGUACGCACAACUGUAGUACAGUAGUCCUGUGUCGUAUACUAAUAUGUGUAGUGUGGUAUGAAUGCACUAACAUACUAUUGUGUAGUAGUACUAAAUAACUGAAUAGUACGUAUGCGCUACUUUGACAUGAACAAAAAAUGCUAAUAAGCCAAUUGAUAAAUGUUACCGUUUCAAUUAUUAGGUUGAAUUCAAAGCACACUAGUGGAACCAAGCACCAAAAAGUAUUUUCAAAUAAAGUAUAGAUUUGCAGUAAACAAUGUUACAUAUAUAUAAACAUACUUCUUUGACGUUAAUUAGUAUUUUAGAAUGUUUUAUUUUUGUGUUCCACCUGGUCUGUGGAAUAUAUCGCCCAUCAUUUUAGUUCAAAAAGUGUCAACAGUCCAUCAAUCAAGAGAGUUUAUUCCAGUUUGAAGUUGUGUGUACGAAAACAAAAACAAGUUAGCUGGUUAGUACAAUCUGAAUGCAUUGGUUGUGUUAAAUAUAAAUAUAGACUGUACAUUACAACAUUUUCAAGGCUGCUUUGAUGCUUAUUUAGAUCUUCGUUGUCAUACAAAGUUCAAGUACACAAUCAGAAACCCGAUUGGCUGCAGUCAACCACAGAGUACAAUUAAGUACACUGCGUAUUACAUAGUGUGUACUACUUUAGUUACUCAGCAUAGUAAAUUUUACGUACACGUUCCUAAACUACUGUUUAGUAGUACUAUGUAUGCACUAUUAAACAACUACUCAGUAGUUAGUAGUACGCACUACUAAACUAUGAUUGUGUUGUACUUAGUACGCACGCACUACUAAACUACUGCUGUGUCGUACUAACAUAUUAUUGUGUAGUAGGACUGUAAUUACUGAGUAGUACUACUGUGGUAGUAAUAUUUGGUAGUACGUACUUUGUUCAUUAGUAGGUAAGUAUGUAACUAGCAUUAUGUAAGCAGGUGUAUACAUACUAGUAAGUACCUGCUUGAAGGCUGUACUGACGCUAGGUUAGCUUCCAUUUUGUUCACAUAAUCAGAAAUGUCCUGAUUGGCUGCAGUCAAUCACCGGCAAGGUAUGUGUCGACCAAUCACAGCGCGCCAACGUUGGGGGCUCAAACAACGCUCUGUUAGCUGGAAUGUUCCAUCAAGUCUCAGCGACGUUAAAGCAUCGUUCUACAUUUCAAUAAAUGUGGAUUGACACAA